GCACACGCAGCCGCCGCCGCCGCAUGCCGUCGCGAGUGAGAAUGGCCGCGGUGCGACGAUGCCGCCGAAUUUCGACUGGCGCUUCCGUCACUGCUGCUCUGGUACUGGUGACCGUGUGCUUGCUAGGUUCUGCUCACGGGAAGAUAGUGCCUGUGUCGAUGAUCCUGACCAAGUCACUAAUCGGAUCGCCAGGGUGGUUGCGUGAGGGAAGUGGUGGUACCAUAUCUAUUCCGGAAGGUGGCAGUAUGAACUCAUUGGUAUGCUUGUCAUCGCCGGGUGCUCCCGACUCCGUCAACCUCACCAUCUACUACGAGGACGGUCGAGUGGGGCACGUUCCUGCCACAUCCGGCGUCGGCGUGAGUUUCCGGGUGACCACCGAGCGGAAAGCGUCCGGACGUUACGUGUGCCGAGCCGGCAAUUCGGCAAACUCGGCGCCGGUGACGCUGGAAUACCGCGUGCAGGUCGAGUUCGACGUGGAGCUGACCGUGCCGCGCACACGCAUAGCGGCUAUUGCUGGCGCUCCCCUUCUCCUGCAGUGCAUGGUGGCGCAGAGGCCGGAGUUUGUGGAUAGCGUUUUAUUCCUACUUCCACAGGGGAGCAAUAUCGGGACGCUUCUGCCAGUGACAUCCGGGCAGGCUCCCUGGAAGCCUCGCGUGGCAACGGGUGUCAACAAGACGCGCGCAUCAAUGUCCGAUGCCGGCGUCUACACAUGUGCAGUGUCUUACGGGAAUGGGUAUUCGACACCCCAUUUUAAACAAGUGGAUAUCACAGUCAGCGUUUCAAUCGUGACCUGUCCGACUCUCGCAGACCCGAAGAACGGCCUCGUGAGCUUGAGCCCUAGCAAAGCGGAAUACCGAACCAUCGCCACGUAUCACUGCGCACCGGGGUACGGAGUAUCCGGAGCAACUUCGCAAAUAUCCUGCACCAUAAAAGGAACGUGGUCGGCCGCCGUGCCGUCCUGCAUACCAAUCACGUGCACCGCGCCAAGCGCACCGACAAACGGCCGGGUCGUGACGUCGAGGCUCAGCUACUUGGGCUCGUCCUGGUUUACCUGCGACUCGGGCUACACUCUCAUAGGAAUUCGGAAAAUAAUCUGUAAUAAGGCAUGGGGAUGGUCUGAUAGCACGCCAUCAUGCACAAUCAAUUCAUGUCCCGACCCGGGAACGCCGAAAAAUGGUGGGCGCGGUGGCGUUCUACACCGUUUUGAGUACAAGACCAACGUUUCCUUCCACUGUGACGUCGGAUACUAUAUGAGCGGCAGCCCUUAUCUCGAAUGCUAUGCCAACAAGACGUGGUCGCAUCCUGUGCCAGUUUGCAAGAAUGGAUACAGUCAACUUCGCUAA